AUGAAUGCAAAUGCAGACAUUGCAGGGGUGGGGACCAGUGGGUCUGCGGCAGUGGACGAGAAGGAGAAGAGCUCGGGUCGGGUGGAGGACCAGAUCAAUGAUGAGCACCUCCGAUGCAUCGAAGCCAUGUUCCAUGAGGCGGACAUUGAGGGAGAGGGAGGGCUAUCCAUGAAUGAGUUCCGCAUCGCCAUCAAGGAGAUCAUGGGAGACGUAAAUGAUGAAGAUCUGGACAACAUUUUCAUGAAGGUGGACACCAACUGUGAUGGCAGUGUGGACUGGGAGGAGUAUCUGAACUACAUGCUGCUGGAGUACAGAGAGAAGGACUCCCUGCAGAAACAGAACAGGCCUCUUUACUUCCCCAAGCCACUCAAGAUCAUCCCUGUGUCCCACUGUGAGCCCAUCGUCAGUCUGCAGUUCUACCCGUUCCAGACCCAGCAGGCGGAUAACAAGGAUGCUGGCGGCCAGGACGAGCCGAGACGGCAUCCUCAACUACUGGAGCGAGAGAUUCAAACUGACCCGUACCGUCAAUACUUCUUUGACAUCAGUGCCAGCAAGUGUGACAGCGCCUUCUGUCUGACAGGCCUGGAGGGUUACAUAGUGGUGAUGGACUACUGGUCAGAUGGGGUCAAGUCUGUGUUCUGUCUGGGAGACGUGGAAGGUUGUUUGACAGCCUUUAUCUCGUCUAACGUCCUCCAAAAUGGACUCUUCAACAGCGGAGCCUACAAAGCUGGGGGUAGCUGUCGGAUUCCUGUCCCUGCGUUGCUGAAGAACCAGUCCAAGUACUUCAUGUGCUUCAAAGUGGCCAUUCUCAACAACUGGUGCCACCAGAUCCGUUUCCUACCUGAUCUCAAUGCCAUCGCCACCUGCUGUUUGUCUGACCAAACUGCCAUGGUGCUCACCACCGUGCCCCACUCCCAGAAGGCCAAAGUCUACAACUCAGCGUUCCAGAUAAGAAAAGGCAUCCUCUGCUUCGACUACUCCCCGGAGUUCAACAUCCUGGUGACAGGAGGGUUUGACCGCACCGUGCGGAUCUGGAACCCCUACAUCAACAACUGCUCCAUCUCCCAGAUGAAGGGCCACUCAGCCGCCAUCACGCACAUCGUGGUCAACGGGUCGGACAACAAGAUCAUCAGCAUCUCCAAGGACAAGAACGUGCGUGUGUGGGACCUGCAGGGCUGCACCUGCCUGCAGAGCAUCCACUCCAGGAACGUUCCCAUGAGUCGCCUCCCCAUCUCCAGCAUCCACUACAACAGAGACACCAACAUCCUGGUCCUCGCCACCUCCCUGAUAGGGGUUCUCCACGGUGCUGUGGAGCAUGUUGACACCAGCCAAAAGCUGAAGACCUCUCAUGAACACUCCCUCUGCACUGCUCUCUACAACAAAAACUUCAAACUGGUGGUGAGCGGUUGCCAUAACGGCGUGGUGAGCGUGUGGGACAUCCUGACGGGGGAGAAGGUCAUGCAGUUCCAGACGUCGCCGGAGAGGCCGGCAGAGGUGACAGCCAUGGCGUUCGACGCCCCCAAGCGCCGCCUCAUCACGGGUUCCAAGGAUGGAACCGUGCGUCUGUGGAACUUCAACAACGGAGCACUGCUGCUCACCCUGCCCAUGCUGGACGACAACGAGGUGACGGGCAUCAUCUACAUCAAUCAGAGGAUCUACGUUUCCGGCUGGAGCAAGAGAGUCAUGUGGUACCUUGAUGUGAAGGAGGACAUGGAGAUGGAGUACCGUGUGUGGAACCAGUACCACUCUGAGGACAUCUACUCCAUGCACGCCCACGGCAACAAGAUGCUGGUGACCGCCUCCUACAGCGGUGACAUCAUCAUCUGGAACAUUGAUUCUGGUCGUGCCUUUUGCAGGUUCAACGCCAGCGAGAGCCCUCGUCCUCUCCUGCCCAAACGGGUAUCACCUCUCAUCUCCGAGUCCGUUACUGUGGAGGCGGAGUUAGAUGCUAAGGAGAAGACUCAGAAGAGGUUGUUGGGGGAACACAAGGCGGACAGGAGCGGCAAACUUCCACCAAUCAGUGUUGAGGAUCUGGAAAAGCCUAGUCUAGCUGUGGAGCAGGCCCUGUUCCUAGGUACCCGGGAGCGCAGCCCCGACACAGCCAUCCUCCUGACCAGCGUGGCGGACGGCCACGUGUACGCCUGGUCUAUCCACCACCAAGGGGGGCUGCUGGGCAAGUUCAGGGCCGUGCAUAGCAAAGGGCUCUCCAUCAACUCCAUGUCCACCGACCAGCGCAACCAGAUGCUGCUCACCGGAGACAGCUGCGGCUACAUCACGCUGUGGGACAUAGAGGACUACUGCCUCUCCAGGCGCGCGGAACAGGAUAGAGCCGGUCACCACAACCCCACCACCACCAGGCUGCCCAGCCUGAUCCCCCACUACUGCAAGGUGGAGGGGCCCCGACAGAGGGUGCUGGAGGAGACAACGGAGGAGACGAUGGAGGAGGUGGAGGAUGGCUGGAAGGUGCGUCUAAACUCCCCGCCCUUGCUCAGUACCUGGCGGGGGCACUUAAGGAGCAUCGUCAGCAUAGAGUAUGUGGAGCGCUUCAGUGUCAUCGUCACCGCCAGCUUGGACUGCAACUUGCGUCUCUGGACCAUUUCUGGAAGCUACAUAGGUACGUUUGGGCAGGCCCAAUGGCGUGUGGGCGACCCCCAUGCCUUGAUCACGGGGCUGCCUGUGGACCUGAGGAGGGUGGGGUCCUGCCAGACCCUCAAGGUGCUCAACAAGGGCACACGUCCACACUGGAACUGUGCCAGGCGCAUCCUGGAUAACCUGACCCUGCAGAAGCUGCAGAACUCCGCCAACUUCAGCGGAAGUGAGGCCCCCAAACUGCAGGAGCUGGUGACCUCUGACCCCCGCAUCACCCAGUACAGCAGCGAGCAGAUAGAAGAGACCUGGCAACGCUGGCAGGAGAAGGGCAAACAGCUGAGGGUGUUUAAGCUGAUGCCCUGCUGCCCCCUGAUGCCCAUCAUCCAGCCCCCGGUCCCCGCCCGGUUGAAGGAGCAACAGAAGACCCAGGAGGCAGGAGACCUGCUGGCCAAGCAAAAGAGGAACUCCAAGCGUGGCCCUCAUGCACGCUACAUCGCCACCAAGGCAGGGUGCAAGAAGUUCGUCGCUUCCAAACAGCCAAUCAAAGGCGGCCUCGUCUAG